UGACGCGUUUCUGUAGCGCGGGAAUCUCCUGCGAGUUUUGUUUCUGGUUUAGUGCCGGUUUUAACCGGUUUAAUUAAUACUUUAUUCCGUUAAUUGAAUUAUAUUUAACUCAUUGGGAUUUCCGCUGCACCUUUUUGCGUUUUAAGCUAAUGUUUAACGUUAACGGUCGAUUGAGUUACGCCGUGUUCUAACUUGUGGCCGCUUCUCUUCUAAGAGGGAUGCGUUUCUCCUAGCUAAGCUAACCCAUGGUUCUCGUUGGACCUUUUUGUAUUUUCCACAUCGUUUGAGUUUCCUGUUUACAAGCGGGGGUGAACGGAGAGGAAUGGCGGGGCUGUUAGACCAACCAGGAUACGAUGAGGAGUCUCUGCGGAGAGUGUCAGAGCAGCUGCCCUGCAGAGAGCUCCAGGCUGGGAUGCUGCUGUCACUCAUGGGACAGCCACAGCAGUACUGCUACCCUUCACUCUUCAUCUACGGUCAUCGAUCCUCAGGAAAAAGUCAUGUGGUGAAUGUUUUAAUGAAGGAGCUGGAGCUUCCUCACACCACAGUCAGCUGUGUGGAGUGCAUCUCUGCUGCGCUGCUGUUUGAACAAGUGCUGCUGUCCUUCUUCGGCUGCGACGCCGCCGCGCAGCUCCCCCGCAGCCCUUCGAUCUCAGACUUUGUUCGUAUCUACAGACAGCAAUCCUCCCAGUUUCCUGCCAAGCAGACGCGAUUCAUCGUGAUGGAGAAAGCUGAACUUCUGAGAGACGCAGAUGCCAAUCUUCUCCCGGCUCUCCUCCGUCUUCAGGAACUGGUGGACGACAACGUCAGCGUGGUCCUGCUCAGUGAAAUCGUUUGGGACAAGUUCAGACCAAACACCGGCUGCUUCGAGCCGCUCCUGCUUCAUUUCCCAGACUACAGUAAAGGCGAGCUGCAGCAGAUUCUCUCCAAAGACUGCCAUCCAUCGUAUUCAGCAGAGUUUUACUCCUCCUACAUCAACAUCCUGCUGGGGGUCUUUUACACCGUCUGUCGGGACCUCAGAGAGCUGCGGCACCUGGCGGCGCUCAACUUUUCAAAAUUCUGUGAACCCGUUGCUGCUGGAAAAGCGAAGGAGACGGAGACUCACAAGCUGUGGAAAAACAUUGAGCCUCAUCUGAAAAAGGCGAUGCAGACGGUUUACCUCCGAGAGGUUUCCAGUCUUCAGUGGGAGCAGAUGGAGGAACACGAGGCUGGAGCUCUGAGAGGUUUAUCAGCUCACACUCAUGUUGAACUUCCCUAUUACUCCAAGUUCCUGUUGAUUGCUGCCUAUCUAGCGUCCUACAACCCUGCCCGCACAGAUAAGCGCUUCUUCCUAAAGCAUCACGGGAAAAUAAAAAAAACAAACUUCUUGAAGAAGAAUGAAAAGACCAGUAACCACCUUCUGGGGCCGAAGCCCUUCCCUCUGGACCGCCUCCUCGCCAUCUUCUACAGCGUGGUGGACAGCAGAGUCGCUCCCACUGCCAGCAUCUUCUCCCAGAUCUCGUCUUUAGUGACUCUGCAGCUGCUGACUCUGGUCAGCCACGACGAUCAGCUCGACACACCCAAGUACAAAUGUGCCGUUUCUCUGGAUUUUAUUUCUGCCAUAUCCAGGACGGUGAACUUUGAUAUUGUGAAGUAUCUGUAUGAUUUCCUGUGAGGCUGCGGAGCGUGAAGGAGAGAUGACACCACGGUGACAGGGAGAUAAAGAGAGAUUUAUUUCUGCUGGAAAACCCUGCAGGAGAAGACGGCUCAAUGUGAAAAAUUGUCCUAACAUGUCACUGCCACCUUGUGGCAAACAGUU